ACCCGGACAUAGACGUAGUACGUACGCUGCACCCGCAGAUUGGAUUGGCACAAAAGAAGGGCAAUAACCAGCGAUAUUGCGAUAAUAGGACCGAUCCCAGUGGCCUGAGGCACUUGCUCUGCUAGCAGUGGAACCCUAAAAAUGCGCCUCCAGCGUGGGAACGACCGCCGAGUCCUGUAAUCUUCUGUGGGCGAACUUCUGGCGGGGCAGAGCGAUUCGGAGCGGAGGUAGUCGGAAAAGCAAGUGAAAACAGAUUCGGGGCGGCAGCGGCAAAGCCAACGUAUCAAGCUAUCAGAAAGUUCGGUAGUCCCGCAAAACCAAUCCCAAAUCCAAUCCUAAGCGGGACUCCAGAGGACAGGAUGUGCGGCCUAGACGUAAGACGCUUCUUCGAGGAGUGGCGCAUCUGGAUACGUCCGCUGCUCAUUGUCACCUAUGUCAUCUUUGCCAUCAUCGUGGUGCCGCUGCUUAUCGUAAACUCCGUGAAGGAUGGUUUCCAACGCAACGACCAGCUUAUUUUGAUAGGUGGCCUGUUUGUACUGUCCGCGGUGCCUGUGUCCAUAUGGCAUAUCAUUCAACACGUCAUCCAUUUCACGAAGCCCAUACUGCAAAAGCACAUAAUCCGCAUAUUGUGGAUGGUGCCCAUCUACGCCUUAAACGCGUGGAUCGGCCUCUUCUUUCCGAAGCACUCCAUUUACGUGGAUUCGCUGCGCGAGUGCUACGAGGCCUAUGUAAUCUACAACUUCAUGGUGUACCUGCUCAACUACUUGAAUCUCGGCAUGGACCUGGAGGCCACCAUGGAGUACAAGCCGCAGGUGCCACACUUUUUUCCGCUCUGCUGCAUGCGGCCAUGGGUGAUGGGCCGCGAGUUCAUCCACAACUGCAAGCACGGCAUUCUUCAGUACACGGUGGUGCGACCCAUCACCACCUUCAUCUCUGUUAUCUGCGAGCUGUGCGGUGUCUACGGCGAAGGCGAAUUUGCGGGCAGCGUAGCUUUUCCCUACAUUGUGGUCGUUAACAACAUCUCGCAGUUCGUGGCCAUGUACUGCCUGGUGCUAUUCUACCGUGCCAACAAGGAGGACUUAAAACCCAUGAAGCCCAUUCCCAAAUUUCUGUGCAUCAAGGCUGUGGUGUUCUUCUCAUUUUUCCAAGGAGUGCUGCUCAAUGUGCUGGUAUAUUAUAACAUAAUUAAGGACAUUUUUGGAUCGGAUGUGGGCGACACUAAUCUGGCAUCCCUACUUCAGAACUUCCUUAUCUGCAUCGAGAUGUUCAUCGCCGCCGUGGCCCAUAUCUACAGUUUCCCACAUCACCCGUUCCACAUAAACUCGCCGCAGUACUGGAACAAUCCGAACCACAGCUGGUGUCGCGCGUUUCUCUCCAUGAUGGACAUCUCGGACAUGCAGGAGGACGUCACCGAACAUCUGGGCGUCGUGGGCAGCUCGCUGAGUCGCCGCUUCCAGGGACGCAGCACCUACCAGCCGCUGGCACGCAGUCCUCGUCGUUCCAGCAGUGAAUCUGAGUAUCUAAUAAGCAAGCGGCAGGAUCAGCAGCUGCCGGGCAACUCGUCGCAAUCAGGUAACAUGUAUGGCGCAACUUCCAGUCGCCUGAUCGUGCCUGUGUGUGAUGGCAAGCUGAACACUCUGCCCGAAAACCACCCUACUCACUCCCAAUCUCGAUUUCCCCUAGCAGGCUUGGCCGACGAUGGCAACAGUAGCAACAGCAACAACUACCAACAACAACAACUACAUUUACCGGGCGCGACGGGCACUCAGCCAUCGACUCGUCAACGUGAUACCCUGCAUCUUCGCGAGCGGGAAAGGGAUCCGGGUGUGGGUGCUGGCGGAGGUGGCAGCUUCCUGCGUCUGCCGACCGGUGCCGGAGCAACCUCGGCGGCUGCGCCAAUUCCAGAGUCUACCGACGACUAUGCCCUGUUGUUGGGUGGCGGCGCAGGCAGGUGACACCGCUAUAACCAGUACCACUACCAGCACCAUCAGCACCCGCAGAUUGACGACGCUUUCGAGGAUGAAGAUGGCGUGGAUGUGAGUCAACAGUUGAAUGCCUCAUCGCUCAGCGCCUCGCUGUCCGUUUCGUUUGGCAUGUCGAGCAGUCUUAAGUUUAGUGCCACUGGCAGCAACCAGUCGGCGUCCGAGUGGUCCAACUCAACGGGCGGGGAUGAUGACGCUGACGACGAUGACGUGGACGUGGACGGAGAAGAUGGGGAGGACGGCGAUGACGGUGCUGGCGAGCAGCCCGUUGUCGUUAUUGCCUCAACGACGCGGCGCCGCCGCGAUCGAGAGUACAUCACCUAAAACAUUCUUCAGUUAUAUGUACGCUAUUCUUAUAUUUAUUAUUUCCUCCAUGUCUUGAUUUGUGCUAGGCUUAAAAUACUCAUGAAAACAAACAUUUUCUAUCGGCCCCAUUAAAUGGGGUAUUUCAAAUCGUGGCCUUAGUUUUCAUCGCGAAAGCAACUUAUUUUACUUAGCCAUUAUUGUAAUCGUUUUUCUGAUAGCGCACACAAGCAGAUCCACACAUCCCUUAGCCCAAAGAAUCAUCAUUAUGCACGUGCGAAAUGCAGUCUUUUUAUGUGCUGAUUUUGUAAACAGCCUUUCCCGAAACGAUAUUUUUACUCUAUACAUACCCGCUAGAUGAACCCCGCAUAGUUAGGUCUCGAACUUUUGUGUGGCGACGUAGUUAAUUAGAAACAUGCCUGAACCGAUUGUGAAUUUUGUGACUGUCGCCGGUCAGAAAAGGGCGUUACUUGUAUUUAAAUAGAAAUUCUUAUUGUAAAACUAAUAUACACAUUAAUAAUAUAAUAUUGGAAACUA